UUGAGUGGCAACUACGGAAACAUGAGUGGCGGUAUACAAAGUGAAGCCAUGGAGGAUUUGACUGGUGGGCUCUGCGAGAGCAUUGAUUUAGAGCCAAAAAAACGACCCAAAGAUCUGCCAGAGCUACUUAUCAGCUACACCUAUCGCUGCUGUUUGAUGGGCGUUUCUGCAGAAUCUGGUUAUGCUGAUAAUGUAAGAAUAUGUUUUGAUUGGCAGGCACUGAAACCGAAAGCUAUGAUUGAAUAUGCUAAAGGAAAGACCCACCUUAGUGAAACAGAUACCCAAAUCAAAUUAACAUAA